AUGACCAAACGCACGAAGAUGACCAAGACCAAAGCGCAGCAACAAGCGGAGUCUGAAAAUCCGAGCUCCGCCGACGACACCCGCCCUGUCCACAACGACGACGAGCCUCCCGCCUCCCCAGUCAGCGCUCGGGCCGACAACCGCGACGACGACGAGGACAACCGCGACAACGAUGAGGAAGAAAGCCCAGACGACCACUACGCCGGCCAAGGUUCCCACGCCCUGACCCACACCGACGAACUAGACCAACAACAAGACGAGCAGGGAGACGAGGACAGCGGCGACGACGAAGAGCUCAGCCCCCAAGGCCUCCUCCAACUCAUGGCCAAAAUGGAGUCAAGCUUCGCCGAGGUCGUUAACGAGACCCGCGAGCAGGCCGCUGCCGACAAAGCCGAGCUCCUCGCCCGUCAGGCCAGCCUUCAUCGCCUCCUGAAAGAAUCUCACGACAACACCAAGCGCCUGGAACGUCUCCUUACUCAGCAGAUCCAGCAGACCCAACAGCAACCCACACCCCGCUCUCCUUUUACCUUCAGCAACGUCCGCCCUGUAAACCGCACAUUGGCCUCGCCCGCCCAAUCCCAUCUCCCCUCCCCGGUCACCCCGCCGGAGCUACAAGAACGCAGCGACACAACCAACUUCGUCGCCGAGGGCCCAAUCGCCAAGUCUCUCCGCGAAGGCCUCGCUACGUUCGACGGCAUGUCUCGGUCGACCAAAUCCGCGAACGAGUUCCUGACCCGCCUCGACCGAUACUUCGCCGCAACCCCGGCGGUCCCGGAUAUCAUGAAGAUCUCGCUGGCCGCCUCUAAACUCAAGGAUACCGCCGAGCGAUGGUACGAACAAGAAGAAUCCACCAUCCUUACGUGGGAAGCGUUUAAAGACCGGCUCCGCAACCGCUUCAUCCCACCCAACGCAGAAGAGCACGCGCUCCUGGCCCUCGAACGCCUCACCCAGACCGGCUCCGUCGACGAAUACUACCAAAGGUUCUCAGCACUCCUCCUCGAAAUCCCGGAGAUGACAGACAAGCAGGCCUGCCGCGCCUUCCGCAAAGGCCUCCGUCCCGGCAUCCAACGGUUGCUUGCCGCCAACCCCUCUAGCCUCACGAUGUCCCUGGCGGAACUCGUCACGCUGGCCGAUAGCGUCUACUCAGUCGACAGCGCACGACGUGACGAAGCCAACAAGAGACCUCCCGCGAAACAAUGGCCCCCAUCGAACAAGCGCGCGGCCAUCGACGUUGUGGGCACCGGCCCCGCGACUAAGCGCCUGAAAAAGCUUACGAACGACGAGCGUCAGCGGCUCCGCGACCAAGGCGCAUGCUUCCGUUGUCGACAACCCGGCCACAUGCAAAGCGACUGCCCUAAGUACCCCAAGGCUCGUGUCCACGCUAUCACCACCGAACCCCAGGACGAGGAUCCCCAGCCCACCCAAGGGGAUUUUCAGUGA